AUGUCCUACGCGUGGAUUGGCCCACCGGCCCAGUUCAAUGGCACCGACCCCGUCACAGGCGGUGACUCUAGAACCGAAAACUUAAACCAGUGGUACGAUGCUGGUGAUCAGGCCUUUAUCAUCGUGGCUUCGGCUAUGGUGUUGGUCAUGGUCCCAGGUCUAGCGUUCCUCUACUCUGGUCUUGCGCGCAGAAAGUCCGCCCUCUCCCUGAUCUGGGCCUGCAUGUUCUCCGCCUCGGUCAUCACAUUCCAAUGGUACUUCUGGGGAUACUCGCUCGCCUUCGGCCCAAGCACAAAUGGCUUCAUUGGCAACCUCGACAAGUUUGGUCUCAAGGGCGUGCUUGGUGCACCAAGCCAAGGCUCUCCAUUGAUUCCCGAGCUUCUCUACGCAUUUUACCAGAACGCACAGAUGCAAUUCUGCUCCGUUACUGCUGCCAUUGUCGUCGGCUGUGUUGCUGAACGCGGUCGUCUGAUUCCUAUGAUGGUCUUCAUUUGGCUCUGGGCCACAAUCGUAUACUGCCCUGUCGCAUACUGGGCGUGGAACGCAAACGGCUGGUUCUUCUUGUGGGGUGGACUCGACUACGCUGGUGGCGGCCCUGUCGAGAUCGUUUCUGGAUGCACCGCCUUGGCCUACUCGAUGAUCCUCGGACGUCGCCAGGAGAAGAUGAUGCUCAACUUCCGUCCUCACAACGUCUCUCUGAUCACCCUCGGCACCGUUUUCCUAUGGUUCGGCUGGUUGGGCUUCAACGGUGGCUCUGCUUUCGGUGCCAACCUCCGCGCUGUCAUGGCCUGCUGGAACAGCAACUUGACUGCCAUGUUCGCCGCGAUGACCUGGGUUCUUCUCGAUUGGCGCCUGGCGCGCAAGUGGUCCAUGGUCGGAUGGUGCUCAGGUGUCAUCUCUGGACUCGUCGCUGCCACUCCCGCUUCUGGUUUCAUCCCACCGUGGGCUAGCGUUGUUCUCGGCAUCACCACCGGUGUAGUUGCUAACUUUGCUACCAAGAUCAAGUUCUGGAUCAGGAUCGACGAUUCUCUCGAUGUGUUCGCUGAGCACGGUGUCGCUGGAAUGGUUGGACUCUUCUUUAACGGCCUCUUCGGUGCCGACUACAUCAUUGGACUUGACGGAGUCAACGCUGGUCUUGAGGGCGGUGCCAUCACUGGUACUCCCGCUGCCAUCUACAAGCAAAUCGCCUACAUCGCCGCCGUCACCGCCUACUCGUUCGUCGUCAGCGCCCUCCUUGCAUUCGCCAUUGACAAGAUUCCUGGUCUCAAGCUCCGUGCUUCCGAAGAGGCUGAGCUUCUAGGUAUGGAUGACGACCAGCUCGGCGAGUUUGCAUACGACUACGUUGAGGUUCGCCGUGACUACCUCGCAUGGACUCCUGCUAAGGGGGAGCCCAUCGAUGGCGAGCACUCCGUUCCCCAAGGGGACCGCCACGGCAUCCCACAACACAGCCAAAUGCUCGAGGGCAAGGCACCAAGUGACAACGACUCUGGACACGAGCACACUGGUAUUGGAGGAGACCGUCACGCAGUUGCAAUGGGCGCGGAGCACGAGAAGCAGGUCCACACCUAG